AUGAGCGACAGAAGAAACCCAAUAACAGUGAAAGAUGAAGAGAGGCAAUCGGAGGACAGACGAACGCGAAUCAACAUAAAGCUCGAUGAGUACAAAAAUGAGGUAAAUAAAGUUCUUGGCAGUGGAGGUGCAAAUCAAACAGAUUUGUGGUUGAAACUAUAUCGGUUGAAGGGGAAAUUAAGGAGAUGGAAUGUCGAGCAUUGUGAAGAUUUUAAUACCAAGGUAAGGUCACUGGAGGACAAGAUUAAUAAAUUGGAGGAAGCUGGGAAUAGAGGUCCUUUAGACGACAGAGAUCAGGCGGCUUUAAGGGCUGUAAAACUGGAAUUAUGGGAUGCAUUGCAACUACAAGAAAAUCUCUGGAGACAGAAAUCCAGGAUGAAUUGGGUACAACUGAGGGAUUUAAAUACCAGCUUCUUUCAUAAGACUGUGAAGAUUAGAGCUAAAAGAAAAGUAAUAAUUGGCUUGAAAUUUGGUGAUAAAUAUUGCGGGGACCCGAGUAGCUUGAAGAAGUUGAUGUUCUCCCAUUUUAAAAAUCAUUUCAAUUGCAAGAAAAGAUCUUGGAUGUCAGAAUUUAACCUAGCAUUCAAAAGUGCUUUGAAGAAGAAGGCAAAGAAGCUGGAGGCUCCUUUCUUAAUAGAAGAAAUCAAACAUGCUAUUUAG